AUGGAAGAAGAUUCUCCAGAAAGAUGUGGAGCACAAUCUCGCGUUUCAAGCGCAGCCUCCUCUCAUUAUAACGAAGAAGAUCAUGGGGAUGAAGACGGCGAAGUGAGAGCUUCUCCGACGUCACUUGUAAGUCUUUAGUGACACUUUAUACUUGAGCUCACUAUUAGCUCUUUCCAUAAGAGUAAAUGGUUAUAGGUAACGCUGCGUCUUUUGUUUCUCAGAAUAUGUCGUGGUCGUUUGGCGUAAACAAACAUGUCCCUGUUCACAAUUUGUCAGAUGGGAAUCGAAAGGUAAGAGUGAAAAUUUAAAAAUUGUUCACCAAUCUGUUUUGAGUAAAGAAUCUUCCAUACAGAUAAGGUGCUUCCUAAUAAGACAAUUUUUUGGCUUUCAGGUGGCCUUAUUUGUGUGUGCACAUGUCGGUGUUAUGUUUGACUGGGAAGGAAAUAAACAACAGCUUCUUCAAGGGCAUGUAAGCUUCACACUAGUACUUGUAUUGGGCUAUUGCAUUUAAUAUCCGUACCCCCCUCUCCCGGUUGAGGACUUGCAUUGUACCUUUUCCUUUCACCCCUGGAGAUUAAAUAAAAUUGCUUUCACCCCUGAAGACUUCCAUAAAAUAUGGAUCUUCCCCAUGUCAAUUGCUGAAAAAUAUGGUUCUACCCUUGUAGACUGUGGGUCAACUACUGAAGAAUAUGGGUCAAUUCCUGAAGAAUUUUUUCAUGAAAAUUAAAGUUUCUCCCUGGAAGAAUUCCAUAUGUUUUCACUCUGCUGGUUAAGAUAUCCUCAGUUUUUAUAACUUACCCCUGAAGAAUUCCAUUUGUCCUCAACCAGGGGAGAUGGGGGUACAGAUAUUAAGUGCAAUAACCCAUUUUGAAGAUAGAAUCCGUUCUGCUAAAUGCUUUUUUUAUGUACCCGUUUGGCAGCUGUGCAGAGCUGUCAUUAGGCACUGUAACCCGUAACACCUGUUAUGGUUGAGCACUCUUGAUGUUACAGGUGAUCAAAGUGGAAAGCGAAGGAUGGCACCGUAGAUUUUUAUUAGAUGUUACGGGUGAAUCUUCAGUUGUUACGGCUGGUUAGAAACUUAAUGACAGCCCUGCUGUGCCCUAUUAAGUUUUUAAUGGUGCUUUUUUAUUCCUUGCUAUGUGUUUACUAAGUGUAAUACUAUCAGCUGUACUUGUGUCAGUGAAGACAGGAGGUGGAUUGCAACAGCAGACAGAGGCAAGGACAGUAUGGUCAUCAUUUGGGACUCAUUUACAACGUAAGAUUAUAGAAUAUGUUUUGUAGAUGCAGUUAUUGUAUUAAACAACAAAGAGCACUAGCUCAUGUUAUUACUCAGCAGCCUGGAAAGGGGGGGGGAUCUGGGUUUAGGGGUACUCCUAUAAAAUUACUCUGGGAUCCGGAUGUGGGUGGGGUGAGUCUUUGAAACUCUGGACCUGUUUCAGAGAAAAUAAGAUGGAUUGUCAAAAAUCAUGAUAAUCAUCAUCGUCAUCAUCAUUUUAACAAAAAGAUUCCAUUUUGCCGUACGUCUGUUCAGUAAUAGAUUACAGAUGACAUCAAAUGUGGUAAAAACAAAGCAGUGGCACACGAGCCGCAGGCAAGUGUGUUACUGAUGUUUUUACCACAUUUUGACGUCUUCUGUAAUCUAUCACUGAACAGACCCAUGGUAACAUGGAAUCUAUUAUUUGAAUUAUACAAUGAUCAGAAAAGCAUUAAGACCGAUACACAUAAGCUUACCUGCAUCAUGCCACUUGACUUUUAAAGGAUUUGUGCUAGUUUGGGCAUUUUUUAAGUCCCAAUUGUUAUUUUACGUCUCAACUUCUUUCCUUCUUUAUCUAAAGUUUCUUCGAAAAGUUUUUCAAUGUCUUGACUUGCUCAAAGCAGAAUAAUUGCAAAAACAUUUUGCAAAACAGUGAGUCCAUUGUAGCGAUGGCAACUGAUGUGAAGAUUUCUUGCAGUUUAGGCAUUCUCAAGUUGUCAAGGACUCUUCCUGUUUCCAUUUCUCCAAUUUUUCGUCUUUGUACUUAGCUCCUGCUAAACUUUUUACAGGGCUUUCACUUGCUUCAUCCAAAAUUAUCUUGCAAACAUUUUAAAACCACGCACCAUGUUAAACAAAACAAGGAAAACAAGUUUCUUGUGGCAUCAUCCAUUUAUCUGUACUCUGAUAGAUCAUGGGAAACAACCAAUCACAGUGCACGUAGCAUUCACAUCAUUGUAUAAAUAAUUAUUAGAUAUUAUUGUAAUAAUGAUUAUUGUUCAUACAAUGUAUUAUUGUAAAGAGCUGUCAUACUAUAAAAAGUGUGUCAUUCAAAGUGUGUGUGAUAAGCUUAGCUGAUUAAGCAUGCUCCUCUUUCAUUGAGGUAGUUAACCUUUAGAUUGAUUUUGUUCCUAUCAUAAUAUCAUAACAAAUACUUAACGUUAUAAAAUUGUUUUUUUACAGGCCGGGGUUGAUUAAUUUAAUAUAAUAUUAUUCUUUCUUCUUUAUGUGUGCAUUAUGUUCACAUUAACUUGUGUAUGCCUUGCAGGAUUCCAGUUCAGACGAUAUUUGAAGCACAUUCUGAUGGCUGUUCUGCUAUUGCUAUGUCACCUGAUGCCAAGUAUAUUGCAACAAUAAGCAGCACACUUCCACAGGUACAUAAUAUUUAAACAUACCCUGUAUGAUAUCAGGGAUUGAAAAAACUUGAAUUCCGGCUUGUCCUUGGGACAAGAAGCUCUCUUAUUUUGCUCGCCUGGAGCCACUUCUUGCUCCUCUUAGUUUAUGCAUUCGUGAGAGGUUGACUUGCCUAGACCCUUACCCGUUGGGCAAGUAAGCUUUAAAAGUUACUCGCCCAGCUAGAAUAUUUUACUGGUCCUGGACUAGUGGAAGGGACUCUUUUUCAAGCCCUGAGAUAAAUGUGAUGUUUUUGGUUUCUCUAUGUCAUGACUUCCUUUUAAUUAGUUGCUGUUGUCAUAGAAUAGUUGUGUCUGUUAACCAACUAUGUUACACAUUUUGCUUAGGGCUUGUUGAUAAAAAAAUGCCUCAGCUCUUGCCCUGAGCAAUUGUAUUAAAAGAAGCUAUGUGUUUGACCUGAUUUAAUGAAUUACAUCACUUCAUGCACUGUGGUUUUUUUGGAUAAGUGAUUAGUGAGUCAGGUAUGGAGGUCAACAGUUAAGCUUUUUGGUGUCUCCUUAUUAGAAAAUUUAUACUACUACAUGAGAAAUUUCUGCAAUUUGAUUAGCUUAGAGCAGUGGUAUUUCAGCUUAAUUUGAAAUACCUACAUGUGAAAAUUACAAACCUUUUGUGGGUAGUAGUAUAAACAAAUAAUAGCAUGAUUUGUACAUGAUAUUUGGCAUAAAUACCACUCAUGAUAUUUCAAAAUUGUCUCAAAUUUCACUCGCCUAACGGCUCAUGAAAUUACAUACAACAAUUUUGAAAUAUCACUCAUGGUAUUUAUGCCAAAUAUCACUACAAAUUGUGCUAUUACCUAUACAAAUUUUCCUCUUUAUAGACAUUGCCUCUGUUUACCUUGGUGGUGUAUGAAAGUAUACAAGCUCAGUGUAAUUAAUUUUAUUAUUGUCUGGAGUAACUUUAUCCUUAACAAGCAUCCCAUCCAAGGUGGAAACUUAAUAGCAAUGCUUUUUGGUUUGCUAUACCUCGCAAACUGUGAAAAGCUCUCCUAUAGCUAUGAGAGCCUUCUACAUGGCUUGAGCACACCCUCUCUUGCUUGCUAUUAACAGUAAAGUUAAUUGGACUGUUGGAGAAUUAACACAAUGUUAUGUCAACCAGGAAACAGUCAAUCAUUUAAUUUGAUUAAAGAUUAUUCAUCUGAAAUACAAUUACAUACUGCACAAUUACUGAAUGGUUUGAGCAUUUACAAUAUUGUUAUGAUUCAAGUGAGUAAAACUGAACUGAAAAUACAAGAUAGCAAACUGAAACUUACUUCUGUUGCUGGUUUCCCAUAAACGAUAAAUCUCUGGUUUGAAACUGGAACUGGAACUAAAAACUGAUUAAUUGACUUUCCUGAAUCUAUCACAGGUAAAACUGGUGAGCUGAUUAACAGGAAAUUCUUUGUAAUGGAACAGAUCAAAACAGUUAUGGCGUCAACACUGAAUUGAUGAGAAACUCCUGUUAAAUGUGGCUCUUUGUAAAACUGUAACUGCACAAGAGAAAACCAUCUGUGUAACUAACUGAAGUACAAUUUCUUUGAGCCUGCAGACGCACUAAUCACAUGUUACACCAAGUCUGUUUCAUUAUUGUAACAUUAAUGAAAGUGUUUCUUCCUUUAGACUGUGUCUGUGUGGGAUUGGACCAAUAAUGGUGACACACCUGUUUGUUCUGCAACAUUGGAUGACAACUUUGGAAAGCAGGUCAGAGAUAAAGAAUGAAUCUGUUCUAAUGAUAUCCUGGUACAUUUUACUGAUGGUAUUAAGUCCUCAAAACCUAUUUACUAUCAAGUGAUGUUUUAGUUUUUGUUCUGUUUCAAUAGACGUAUAUCACAUUCAACCCUGAAGACACAAGUCAACUUGUGAGCAACAGUGAGUCGCAAGUGGUCUUUUAUGCAUGGGUAAGCUCAAAGAUUGUGAUGAAACUUUAUUUAUGAAAGAGUUUUCUUAUUGCUUUUCAUGUCAAAACUAGCUUUUUCCAUUGGUGUAUUUUGCAUGUAAGAUAGUUAAUCUUUGAGUGCAAAUUGCAACACUGCUCGAAGGUGACCUUGACAACCCUGGAAGGUACUUGUACAUUCACAAGAUAACCUCACACUGAUAAAAUCUGUGGAAUGCUUGCAGUGCACCUGACCUAUAUGUACCUGCUUGUUGGGAAGGAAUUAUGCAGUGAUCAACAAUAAUUUCCAUAUCUUUGUUACCUGCAAGGAUCAUUAAGCUGAUCGGUCAAAGAGCAUGUGAGGCUGUUAGCAGAUAGUAGCCCUUCAAAGUCUGAAAGGCUACCACAAAGAAUGCUUGGUUAAUGACAGUGGCAGUGCUGGCUUUGUGAUUGUUUUGAGGUCAUCCAUGCCUAAGUUUCUUCUAGCUUAAUGUGAAAAAUGAAAUUGCUUCAUGUAAACUCAAUUCUUACUCCAGGGUUCUCAUUAAGUGCCAACAGCCGGUUAAAAAGCCAGCAACUUGGAGGUUUGAGUGGUCUACUCUUUAGGGAAAUAGGGUAAUGAGAGAGAGAGAGUGAAAGCCUGAAAAUGCCUAUACAGCAUUCAGUUACCAAGCCACCUACUUUUACUUUGUAGCCAUCUACUUGAAACUAAAUGAGAAUUCUGUUACUCAGUUGGGCAGAUAAGGGGAUAUGUAGGGAAUUUUGUUGUGACUUUAAUUGCUUUAAUCAUGAAUAAAUUGUCCUUUUUAUCUAACGUCUAGGAUAACAAGACCCUGGAGUAUGUUGCUCCACCCCUUACAGACAAGGUAAUUUGUGAAUCCAUUGUUGUUUUGCAAACUUUCGGAAAUACAGUGUAUGCUAUUUAUUUGCACUUAUGAUCAGUUGUUGAACUUUUGAACUCCUAAGAGUGGUCAAAAUCAAAAUUUAAGGGAAAAGUAGUCAUAGACAUAGAGAGAAGUUACUGUUUUAAUUUUUAAAAACGCUCUUAAUAUAAAUUGUCAAUCAAAAUGUCUAAUGGUUCUGACUUCAAAUGUUGCUUUCAGGACUUCAAUCGUAGUGUGGGCCUGUACAGUCAGUCCAUUUUUCAGCUUCAGUCUCCCAGGGCCCUCACUGCCACAAGCUGUGGUAACAUUGUAGUUUGGGAACAUGCUGGGGGUGACCUCAAGUGCAACAGAAAAGCCUUCAAGAUUGUCAAAUUGCAGGAAAAAGGUCUUACAGUCCUCACUACUACUGACAAGUAAGAACCAAAGACGUGUUAUUAAGGUGUUUUGAUACAGUUUUUAGAAGACUGUGCUAUACACUAUUCCUUAUUAGUUACAGGAAGGUGACCCUCCCUAAGUGAAAUCAUCAUUAAUUUGCAUCACUCACUGGUUUUGGAUUGAAGUUUGAAAUCAAACAGUUUCUGGUAAAACUGAUAUUACGAUGGCAAUAAAAAACAAAAGAGUUUGAAAUCAGCAAAAUGUAAAUUAGGCCAAUCUUGUGCUGCCAUUGAAAGUCCAACCUCUUGUGCAAGAAAAAUUCAAUUGGGUCAAAUUUCAAUAUAUUGUCAAGACAUUUCAAUCUUCAUUCUUUUUAUUACAGUAACAAAAGCAUCAUAAUCAAAUUCUGUAUUUUCUAAAAAUUAAUUAUUCAGAGUUAGUGUCACACUUAAAGACCAAGAGUUAUGUACCAACCCUUUAAGGUUGUAGUAAGGCUGUCUAGUGUAGUACUGUUGGGGUAGAUGUAUUUACUGGGUAGGGUAUAUACCAUGUUUUUCAAAGUUUUGGUAACUAAUUAAAUUAUAAUAAUAUCCUUUUAUUCCAGGUACAUUGUGACAGGUGACAUUGCUGGUCAUGUGCGAUUUCUCGAUCAGCAGCUGAGGCUUACAAAUUGGUAUGACUGA